AUGAGAUUCGCGCCCCGUUCCCGACAUGUCCAGACGCUCUCACUUGCUGAUACUUUCCGUUGCUGGUCAGGUCCUGCAUUGAUUCGCGCGAAAAGGCGCAAAUCCGGCAACUGGGAGAGACAUUCAGAUCUCGAAGCCGCCGAACCCACCGAAGCCUCAGAAUCUACGGCCUCGACUGCGAUGGCUCGUAUCUCUAGUCAUGUAAACGAUCGACAGGACAACCAGCAAACCAACUUGUCGACUGCAAAUAACAACGAUGGCACCCACGAGGCUCAACCGGAGCUAGAAGGAAAUGACCAUGACCCUGAGUUGUCAUCAGGACCGACUGAUAAACAAACCCAGCGGAUUGCCUUCCAUCCAUCAGUCUGGAACAAGCCUACGCAUACCAGAAAAGACAGUACCCUCUAUAUUCCUGGCCCGCGAGAACGAGACAGAGACGCCGAUGCGACAUCCACUCGUCGCCCAAGCGAUACAGACCCAGAAGGUUUCCGGCGGCGCUUCUCAAGAGCCAGGUCGUUUGACAGGGCCACCGGUGCAGCCGCGUCAAUAUUCGUGAUUGGGAAAGCCCCAACCGUCUCGCGCCUCUCGAGAGCCCCGACAUUGCACCGAGCCGCAGCCGACCAGAUGCCUUAUCUGUCUAGGAGAGCAACCAUUGGGAGGAACUCACGGUUUCACAAUCUGACCAGGCGAGAUCGCCAGGAGUUGGGCGGAAUCGAAUACAGAAGUCUACAGCUUUUGCUCAAAGUCGUCGUCGCCUACUUCUUUGGCAUGCACAUAUUCGGAGCCAUCGCACUUGUGGGCUGGAUCCUGCAUGCCGAUCCAAAGUACGACGUCUACCUAGGGCAAUGUGGCCAGAACAGAAUUUGGUGGGCAUUUUACACAGCCCAAAGCAUGAUGGACAACCUUGGAUUCACCCUCACUCCUGACUCCAUGAUGUCAUUUCGUGAGGCAGAGUGGCCUCUGUUCGUUUCUACCCUCCUAACCCUGGCCGGCAACACUUUAUAUCCCGUCUUCCUUCGGCUCAUCCUCUGGAUCAUGUCAAAGGUAGUGGCCCGGACAUCCGCCACGCAAGAAUCUCUGCAGUUCCUGCUCGACCACCCGCGGCGCUGUUACAUGCUCCUCUUCCCGCGGGGCACCACCUGGGCUCUUUUCGGCAUCAUUCUUGUCCUCAACUUUAUGGACUCAUUUUUCAUUCUCAUUCUCGACUUGAACAACCCCCAAGUCACUUCUUUGCCUCCGGGACCUCGAGUCAUGGCCGCCAUUUUCCAAGCCGGUUCAUCGCGGCACACGGGUGCGUCCGUGUUCAACCUGGCCACCGUCAGCCCCGCCGUUCAGUUCAGUCUGCUCGUCAUGAUGUACAUAUCCGCCUUUCCGGUAGCGUUGAGUAUUCGGGCCUCCAACACUUAUGAAGAAAAGUCAUUGGGCAUAUACCAAGCGGAAGCAGAGGAGAAUCUUGACGAGGACAGUGCACGAUCCUACCUCGGUCGCCAUCUGCAGUCACAGCUGAGCUUUGACUUGUGGUAUAUAUUUCUGGGUAUAUUCAUUUUGAGUAUUUCGGAGGCCGACAAGAUUGUGCAUCUGCAACAACCUUCAUUUGGACUGUUUCCCAUCUUCUUCGAGGCUGUUUCAGCGUAUGGCAAUGUUGGGCUGAGCUUGGGGUAUCCGAACACCAACGCAUCACUCUCAACCGAAUUCUCGACGUUGGGAAAACUCGUCAUCUGCGCCAUGAUGAUACGAGGAAGGCAUCGAGGGUUGCCUUACGCGUUGGACAGGGCUAUCAUGCUUCCGGACGAGCAUCUUUUGGGUGCUGCUACCCGGGAACGGGCGACGGAGGAGGGCGAGCAACAGUCGCAGAGAUGA